UGAUAAUAGUUUAAAUCUCCAAAUGAUUAACAAAGAAUAGAAGCGCAGUGCAAUAUUUAUCAGAGCAAGAUUUUUGUUUAAUAGAUUAUUGGGAAAAUAUUCCUCCACUCAUAAGGAAACUGCAAUUCGGUCAUGACGUCUCGCAAACGUAGCGGUAGUGGCUCUUCCAAAAGGCCCAAAGAGAAAGUAGUUUAUAUAUAUGAAUUGUUCUUGCGAGGCGAAGAUCCGACCACAGAUAGCCCCGAAUUUUGGAACGAGUUCUUUCUGCUCCAACCUAAUGUAGAAUCUCUCGAAGCUGAAAUAACAAAACUAACAUGUGAACAGUUCAUGGUUGUCAAAAGAAAUCUUAACAUAUUAUUUACAAAAAGUAUUGAAAUGUUAGGCACAGAGCAUCAAAAGCGCUUGUGCAAUAGUCUUCAAACCCUAUGCGCGUUGUUCUAUGCGAUUUUUAAAAAGACGUCAGCGGAUUGUUCAUUUAAUUGUUUGAAUGAAUUAUUUGGUUUCGAGCAGUUGGAUAAUAGUAUGCGACAGUUAAUGAGCAACUGUAACCAAAUACUAUUGGGCGAAGCCACUGAAAGCGCCCGAAUUAUGUGCCUAAAACUACUGCUCGUAAUUGUGACGGGUACCGAUAAUGUUAGUCAAAAUGUACUAUUAGAGUACCUAACAAUGCACACACUCUUUGAUGACUUCGUACGUUUACUUAGCGAUCCUUCGUUGCGAGCACAACACGGCUACGAUAUUGUUAUUCUCCUAACCAUCUUAGUUAAUUAUAGGAAGCAUGAAACGACUAAUCCAUAUGUGGUGCAGUUAUCUAUAUUGGCAGAUGAAAUGGCGCUCAACGGCUAUGGUCAGAUGAUAUCACAAUCUUUGAUCGACUUUUGCCGACAAUACAUGCAGAGCUUGUUGAAUGUUCAAUCUUCAUCGUGGUUUUCUUCACUAUCUAACAUUGUUGGAAACAUGUUUGUCUCCGACGAGGGAUGUGAACGUGUGCAGCAAAUAAAAGCCAACAAUGGACUUUUAUUAGCACUUUACGAAGCUGUUCACCUUAAUCGAAACUUCAUAACAACAUUAGCGCAUACGCAAGCCGAAUCGAGCGCGCCUCCAUCGCCUAGUAAUACUUUAAGUCUAACACAACCAGUGCCCGAUUUGGCAACUGCUCCUAUAAUCGAUAUGACGCAGUACCCGACGAAUUUGCUUGUUGCAGUCUUUCAAUAUUGCUCCAUUGUAAUGCAGGAUAACAAAAACGAAUCCAGUGUAGCCAAUCUAAAAUUGUGUUUCCUUAUAUUGACGUGCAUUUCCGAGGAUCAGUAUGCAAAUUCAAUGAUGCAUGACAACAAUCUCACGUUUAAAGUAAUGCUACAUCGCGCGCAAAUGCGUCAUCGCAAGCUGCAUGUCGAUCGAGUGGGGAAUUCGCAACCCCUAGCUGCUACUUUGCUCGAUUUACUUGUAGAGUUUAUCGUUUCGCACUUGAUGAAGAAAUUCCCAAUGGAGUUGUAUUUACUUUGUGUUGGUGUCAUUCAUCGCGUAUUAUGCUACCAAAAACGCUGCCGAGUUCGCUUAAAUUACCCAUGGAAGGACUUGUGGUCGGCCUUAAUUGGACUGCUUCGCUUUCUCGUCAAUCAAGAGCAAACGCUAGUGAAGAAGUGUAAUAUAUUUUGUUUAUCACUUCAGGUGGUUAAUAUUUUUAACUUAUUUAUAACAUAUGGCGACACAUUUCUGGCUACUACUAAUAGCUAUGAUGAGCUGUACUACGAAUUAAACAGAGAAGAGAAAGUCUUUUCAGAAAUACACGCAAUGGUUUUGCGUUACACAACAAUGGUGGAUUGUGAAUAUAAAGACGAUGUCAUCCGGCUACUGAAUGCGCUCGUAAAUAUUUUGGCAAUAGUUAAACAUUUUCAAAAUAAAAUAAAAGAAUGGCUGGCCGAACAAGGACUCUCCACGCCAACUGAAGAGCAAAUUCUAGAUGUGGUGCGAAAGAAUUACGAUCUCACCCUAAAACUACAAGAUUCUCUUGACCAGUACGAACGAUAUGCAGAAGCGCCUCGACAUAGUGGAUUUUUCAAAGCAAUGGUUCGAGAUGUAGUGAUUGACACCCGAAAACACAUGUACGAAUAUGUGAAAGAAGCUGUGCCCAUCAUACCAGAACAGGACGUUAUAUCAGCAACAAACUUAUCAAACACAUAAGUUUCAUAAAUUACCUAUUACACGUGCGAUUCUGAUAUGCGUUGAGACUUUUUAUAUUGCGUUUCGUUCGCCCUGAUGCGAAUUAUGAUAAACCCUAUUAAAUUCUGUUCAUUUAUAAUAAUGAAUUUAUUCAUACAACAAAAAGAAUAAAACAAUAAAAAAACAUUUAAAAAUU